AUGAUGCGCAAAAGAGAAACAUAUACACAAAUCACACCCAUCCCUUCCAACGUACCCCGCCAACUAGCCCUGGAUAUCCUACACAGCCACAGCGAAAUAAUCACCCUGAACCCACUAGUCCUCUCGCACCACCCGAUCAGAGCCCCACGAGAUGCAACCUCAGACGAAUACUACUCAACCUGGUACGAGAUCAUAGAAAGAGUGCAAUACCUACCUGGUCUAGGAAAGCUGGGCUCAGGCAAGAUAAGCUUCAAAGGCUGUUUCCACGACACAACCUGGGGCCUACAGACCCACAUGUACGCACCGAUGGGCAUCGACCUCCAAAGCAAAUGGCGCAUCGCGGGCAACCAGCCAGACGAACCGCCCGAUCUAGAAGGACGGGAACCGCGCUCGGCAGGCGCGCCUGCGAAUGGACUCUAUCUGCGCGAGGAUGUCGAGAUCCAGUGUAAUUUGACGCUGAUAUCGUUUGUGAAGAAUCAGUUGAAGGCUGCUUCGAAGGUUCUGGUUGAUCGGUUGAUUAAGAAGGCCGAGUUGCUUGAUGCCGGUGUUUUGCAGGCUAUGAUGGAGGAUGGGAAGUUGAGGACUUAUAAUCCGGCUGAUCGGUCGAAUUUGGGGAUGUCGCCUUCGGUGCGGCAUUCGGGUCUGGAUCGGAGGGCGUCUAGGUGGUCGUCUCAGACGCCGACUUCGCCGGUCGAGUAUGAGAAUGAGCGUGAGCAGGGAGGGUCGGGGUCUGUGUCUGGGUCGACGAAGUAUUCUUUGCCGCCGAGAUAUAGUCAGAAGAGUUUUGUUGCGGAGUUGCCGGCUGAUUCACAUCAUCCGCAGAGCGGUCCUAAGCUUGAGAAGUAUACUGAGCUUCCGAGUAGGGAUAAGCGGUUUUCUUCGAGUCGGCAUGAUAAGGAGUAUCCUGCUGAGCUUCCCCAGUGA